AUGCAGCGGUUCCUCGAGGGGCGCCGCGCCGCCCUGCAGGAGCACGUGCGACGGCAGCAGGAGGUGCACGUGGUGAUGGGCAACGAGGCCUGCGACCUGGACUCCACCGUGUCUGCUCUGGCCAUGGCCUAUUUCCUGGCGCAGACCUCGCCAAUGUGCCACACUGCCUUCGUGCCCGUGCUCAACAUCCCGCGCGCGGACUUUGCGCUGCGCACGGAGACGGUGGCCCUGCUGCGACAGCAGCGCGUCCCUGACACCUCCCUCGUCUUCCGCGACGAGAUCGACCUGGCCGCACUGCACCGAGCCGGGCUGCUCUCCCUCACGCUGGUCGAUCACCAUGUCCUGCCCAGGGCUGACGCGGCGCUGGAGGAGGCGGUGGUGGAGGUCCUCGACCACCGGCCGCUGGAGCGGGAGCGGGCGCCGCGCUGCCGCGUCACGGCAGAGUCCGUGGGCUCCUGCGCCACGCUGGUGACAGAGCGCAUCGCCCAGGGCCCGCCGGGUGUUCUGGAUGCGCUGAUGGCCGCACUGCUGCACGGCACCAUCCUGCUGGACUGCAUCAACCUGAGCCCUGCAGGCGGCAAGGUGACGCCCAGGGACACGGCCUGCGUCGCCUUGCUGGAGUCCCGAUUCCCUGAGCUGCCGGAGCGCGACRGCGUCUACAAAGCUCUGCAAGCAGCCAAAUUUGACGUCUCAGACCUCACAACGGAGCAGAUGCUGCGCAAAGACCUCAAAGUCGUCGCCAGCGAUGAGCUGGCCCUCGGCAUCAGCGGCAUCUACGURGUCUUGGAGGUGUUCCUGCGCCGGCCCGGCUUGCUGCAGGACCUGGAGGCCUUCUGCCAGGCGCGGGACUUCGCGGGGCUCCUGGCCAUGACCGUCUCCUUUAACGAGCGGAACGAGCCCUUCCGGCAGCUCGCAGUGUACAGCCAGCGCGAGGACGUCCGCAGCGCGAUGUGCCGGGCGCUGGAGGAGGCCACGACGCCGUCCCUGGAGCUCCAGCCCCUCCCCAGUCCUUGGCCCUGCGUCUGCGCCUACACCCAAGGCAACACGCUGGCCUCGCGCAAAAAGGUGUUGCCCAUCCUGCGCACGGUGCUGGGCCCCCCGCCAGCCGCCCCCGAGGACGACGUGGCGCUGCCGCCCACGCCGGUGAACAGCCUGGUGGACGAGUGUCCCCUGGCACAGGCCGUGCCCCCGCUCUGUCCCCAGGCCGUCUAUGAGCGCGUCAGCCGCAUCGCCACCGCGCAGCCCCCGGCCUGCGGCAGCCCCCCGGAAUGACAGCGGUGCCAGGGGGCUCGGGGGCAGCCCCCGGCAGGUGCCCCCUGUGCUGGCUCUCACCCUGCUCCAUUAACCCCCUUGCUCGGAGCUGGGAGGGCCACACAUGGAGCUGUUUCUCCUGACCCAUUUCCAGCCCAGAUGGUGCCUGCCAGGAUCACACGCGUGACGAGUUUGCUGGGGAGCCAGCUCUGAGGAGCCAGGGCCGCGGUUCCUGGGURACAAAGGCAUUUGCAGGGAUUUUAACCUGUUCUUGCCUGCUUGGAGGGAGGACAGGGAGCAUGGGCGCCUGGUCCGUCCCCCAUCUUGCACGGCGCCCUUUGCACAUGCAGCCCAAGAGGGGCAGUUUGGUACGGU